GUCUGGACCAGUCCGCUGUGGGGUUUCAGGUCCACUAUCUGGUCUCAGAUCUCCUCUCAGGUCCACUAUCUGGUCUCAGAUCUCCUGUCAGAUCCAAUAUCUGGGAUUUGACACCCAAGACAACACAACCCAGACCUUCUAAACCUGAGGAAACAUCUAAGGGAUCCUGAAGUCCUUCUGAUCCAGGAACUAAUUCUUCAGGCCAAAACCAUGAAGUCCCGUCGACCCAGCUGCACUGACUCUGGAUCUGAAUCCUCCUCGGAACCAGACUCUAAAAGUCCUGAGAAGUUCGAGACGGCCACAAGGCGCCGGAUGGCAGCCAACGCCCGUGAGCGGAAGCGGAUGCAGGGUUUGAACACUGCCUUUGACCGGCUGCGUAAAGUGGUCCCUCAGUGGGGUCAGGACAAAAAACUGUCCAAGUACGAGACCCUGCAGAUGGCCCUGAGCUACAUCAUGGCCCUGAACCGGAUCCUGACGGACACCCGGAGGCACAGCGCUCCUCACAGACAGUGGCUGGACCUGCAGUUUGACUGCGUUCAGCCUGAGAACUACGCCAUGUCUGAACAGGACUACAUCCACUCGUUCUCUUACCAGUUCGACGGACACCAGGUCCACGUUUAGAGACCAUGUGCUGCCAUUCUGAGCAGAAAACCAGUCAUGUUGUUGGAAGUGAGUGACAAUGUGAACAUUUCCUCCAGUCUAGGAGAAAGUAAAUACAUUUGUAUUGCAUUAAUUUAAUUUGUAAACAUGUAUUUAGUCUUUUUUUUAUGACAAUCUAUACGCUUCUAUUUCAGUUUGAAGCCUUUUUUACAUUUUUGCAAGAAUAUUGAGCAGGUGUUUUUUGUUCAAUGUUUAGUAAAAUACAGACAGUUGUGUGCUUUUAUCAGUUUUUUUGAUAUGGCCCUAAAACUUUGUGCAAUGUUUAAUGGAUUCAGAGAAAAUCAUUGUGGUAUUAGCUGCAUAGAAGCAGUCGAUAUGGAACUAUUUUGUUGUACUUCAAAGUGUUUGUAGAGUUAACAUGCAGACUUCUAUUUUGUUGAAUUAUAGUUUUUGAUCAAAAAUAAAAACUAUUUUGU